GUAACCGAUAUACCCGACAACGACUCCAAAAAUACUGAGCACCCGUACAAUCUUUAGGAAUACACACACUUGUAACUUGCCUUGAUUAGAGAAUGAUUGGAGACAUCCCUCACAUACUCCUUCUUAACCCGAACUCUACGGAGUUCAUGACGGAUAAUGCCGUGGCGGCUGCAAGAGAAGCCUCAGGCGGUACAUUCCAGGUUACGGGAUGGACUGCGCCAAAGCCAGCUCCUUCAGCAAUUGAGUCCGCGUCUGAUGGCUCCACUUCCACUGCCGUCUGCUUAGCUGCGUUAAAUGACAGAGAUCUGACAAAAUACGACGGCCUUCUGGUUGCUUGCUUCUCAGCUCACCCGCUAAUUCAAGCAUUGCGUGAACGCGUAUCCAUCCCAGUCAUCGGGAUAAUGGAAGCAGCGCUGUAUUUCGCACGCAUGACGGGUGGCCGAUUUGGAAUUGUCACGGCUUCUCUGAGAUGGGAAUACCUGUUCCAGGCUGCGGUUGAGAAUUACGGCUUGAACUCAUUCUUUGCGGGAGCGAAGAGCAGCAGGUUAAGUGUGCUUGAGUUGGAGAGUAAACCGGUGGAUGAAGUUAAUGCAAAAAUGGUUCAGGCAGCACAGGAUCUUGUUGCUAACGGCGCAGAUGUCUUGUGUCUUGGCUGUGCUGGUAUGGUAGGCCUUCGUGCGGCACUGGAAAGUGCACUUGGUCCUGACAUUACCAUCAUCGAUGGAGUAUUGGCCGGUGCGCAGAUUCUAGCGGGGAUGGCGAGGAGUAAGUCCUCUUGAACCAUGUGCACACCUGACUUGACUAACAACUGUUACAGUGGGACUCAAGACUGCCAAAUCUGGAGUUUAUGCUCCUCUCAGAUAAUCAGG